CUGCCGGAGCCGCCGCCGCCCCCCGAGCCCAGCAUGGUAAUGGCCGAGCCCCGGCGGCCCCCCCCGCUCCUGCCCCGCGGGCUCGGGCCCGUCCGCGUCGGCUUCUACGACAUCGAGGGCACGUUGGGCAAAGGCAACUUCGCGGUGGUUAAGCUGGCUCGGCACCGCAUCACGCGCAGCGAGGUGGCAAUAAAAAUCAUUGACAAAUCUCAGCUGGAUGCUGUGAAUCUGGAGAAGAUCUACCGAGAAGUGCAGAUAAUGAAAAUGCUUGAUCACCCUCACAUAAUAAAGCUUUACCAGGUGAUGGAGACCAAAAGCAUGUUGUACCUUGUGACAGAAUUUGCCAAAAAUGGAGAAAUUUUCGAUUACCUCGCCAGCCAUGGCCGUCUAAGCGAGUCUGAGGCCAGGCGCAAGUUCUGGCAGAUCCUCUCGGCAGUGGAGUAUUGCCAUGGGCGGAAGAUUGUUCACCGGGACCUGAAGGCUGAAAACCUUUUGCUUGACAACAACAUGAACAUCAAAAUAGCAGAUUUUGGGUUUGGAAAUUUCUAUAAGAGUGGUGAGCCUCUGACAACAUGGUGUGGAAGUCCACCAUACGCAGCCCCAGAAGUCUUUGAAGGACAGCAAUACGAGGGACCCCAGCUGGAUAUCUGGAGCAUGGGUGUAGUUCUCUAUGUUUUGGUCUGUGGAGCGUUACCUUUUGAUGGACCAACACUUCCCAUACUGAGGCAACGAGUCCUUGAAGGAAGGUUCAGGAUCCCUUACUUUAUGUCAGAAGAGUGUGAACAUCUGAUUAGAAGAAUGUUGGUCCUAGACCCAUCCAAACGGUUAACUAUUGCUCAGAUUAAGGAGCAUAAGUGGAUGCUUAUAGAAGUUCCUGCACAAAGACCUAUUCUUUAUCCACCAGGAGAGGAGAAUGAGCCUUCCAUUGGGGAGUAUAAUGAACAGGUCUUACGGCUAAUGCACAGCCUUGGAAUAGACCAACAGAAAACUGUUGAGUCUCUUCAGAACAAGAGUUAUAACCACUUUGCUGCUAUUUAUUACUUGUUAGUGGAAAGACUCAAAUCCCAUCGGAGUAGCUUCCCUGUGGAACAGAGAGUUGAUGCUCGUCAGCGUCGGCCAAGCACAAUUGCUGAGCAGACAGUAGCCAAGGCACAAGCUGUGGUACCCUCUGUUAACUUGCAUUCACAAAAUGCAAGGUUGCUGCAGUCUCCAGGCCUUCCCUCUGCUUCAGGAGCAGAAGCCUUUUCAUUCCCUCCAUCCGGCUGCCAGGGAGACACAGCAUUUAUGGAGGAAGAAAGAGUUGAGACACCAAAGGUAAAUGGCUGCCUACUGGAUCCUGUACCUCCCGUGACGAUUAGGAAAGGAUGCCAAUCAUUGCCUACCAGCAUGAUGGAAACUUCUAUUGAUGAAGGAAUAGAGACAGAAGGCGAGUCAGAAGAUGACCCUACACAGUCAUUUGCAGCCCUACAAGCAGCUCGCUGUGGGAAGCGACGUCACACUCUGGCAGAAGUCACCAACCAGCUGGUGAUGAUGCCAGGCACAGGGAAAGUCUACUCCUUGGAUGAAAACUCAUCCCUGGGCAGUAUUGAGUCAGAGUAUGACAUGGGAUCUGUUCAGAGAGAUACUAAAUUCCUGGAAGACACCCCUUCCUUGAAAGAAAUGGUACUAACUAACCAACAGGCACCCGGAAUGACAAGACCUUUCUUGGGUCUGAGACCUGCCAAUCCAGCCAUGCAGGCACUUGCCUCUCAAAAGCGAGAGACCCAUAACCGCUCUCCUGUCAGUUUCCGAGAGGGACGCAGAGCUUCAGACACAUCCCUCACACAAGGAAUUGUAGCAUUUAGACAACACCUCCAGAAUCUGGCACGAACCAAAGGAAUCCUGGAACUAAACAAAGUCCAGUUGCUGUAUGAACAGAUGGGAUCAGAAGAAGAAUCUUCUCUCACAUCAACUGCCACCCAGUUGCAGGACCUCAUUAAUAGUCCUUCACAGGAGGAAGGAUCUCAACAGCAGCAGGAAACUGCAUCUGCUUUCCCUAAUGGUGCACAGCCCCCAUUAUUACCCAGACGACAGAGCUUAGAAACACAGUACUUACAACACAGGCUCCAGAAACCUGCUCUGCUACCAAAAGCUCAGAAUACUUGCCAGUUAUACUGCAAAGAAUUGCCCCGGAGCCUGGAACAGCAGUUACAAGAGCACAGGCUGCAUCAGAAGCGACUCUUUCUCCAGAAGCAGUCCCAGCUGCAGGCCUAUUUUAACCAGAUGCAAAUAGCUGAGAGCUCAUACCCAAGGUCAAGUCAACUGCCACUUUCAUGCCAGGAGGAGCAGCAGCAGCAGCAAUCAACCCAGUUCAGCUUGCAGCAGCCUCUGAGUCCUGUGAUGGAGCCUUCCUCGGAACAAAUGCAAUAUGACUCCUUCCUCAGUCAAUACCAGAAAGUACAGCUGGAUCCAGUGCCAUCAUCCCCAAUCACGAGCUCAUCAAGGUUGUCGUCACCAGUUCAGGUGCAGCAGCCACCACAGUCCUUACCCUAUUCAUAUCAGACUUGUGAAUUGCCUGUUGUCACCUCUUCUGAGCCAGACUACCCAGACCAGUGCCAGUAUUCCAUGGACCCAGCACAACAGAGCAGUGUAGCAUUGCCUGACAGCCAGAGCAGCUCUGCAUCUCAUGAGUCCCAGUCAAACUAUGAUGCAUUAGCCCUGUCGGAAUUGCCUGGACUCUUUGAUUGUGAAAUGAUGGAGACUGUAGAUCCUCAGCACAGUGGCUAUGUCCUGGUGAAUUAAUCCCAUAGGGUGACUAACAUGAAUGGAAGACAGGACAAAUGGAGAAGCAUGUGAAUUUUUUGAUUUUUUUUUGUUGGUUUUACCCCAAAAUUCAUGGUAAUUUUCCAACCCUUGAAUUAACAGGGGAACUAAAAACCCACCUGACUGGAAAACAAAAGCAGGAGCUGGCAAGAAGUGUUUGGCCACUGGCCCCUCUGGCUGAUGGAAGGGGCUAGAGAACAGAUAGUGCAGUUUCAUCCCACAAAGAAACUAGUUUGCAUAAGAGGAGGCAAAAAAAGGUGAAUUUUAGAGCCCCUUAUGAUUCUAUGACAUUCACUUGGAGAAAUGAGAAUGAGUGCACAUUGUAUUGUACUUCUUGGCAAUAAAAAGCAAUAGUUUUCAUUGAAAUUCAGGGUAGAUUUGGGUCUGCGCUGAUGGCAACUGUAAUACUCUUGAAACAAUAGUGUGAGGUGGAAUUAAAGGAGAGUUGCACUUCGGCUUCCAACUGCUGGUUAAGCUACUGAUCCGGAACUCCUCAAUGGUAAGUCUCCAAGAUCACCAGGCAUCUCAGGCAGCCUCCACUGCCUCCUGCUAGCAAGGAAACAGUAUUUCCCAAGCCUGCCAAGGAACUCUUAAUUGCCCACUAAGGGAAGCUUCUGGAUCUCUGCUAAGUGACGUGUUGACUUUGUCAAGAGAUACCUGGAACUGACACAGGGCACCACAGUGGUUUGUAGAGACCUCUGGGUGGGGAUCAGAUACUGAAGUGUAAAGGAUUAGCUUAACAGGGAGAUAGAAGGGAAGAAGUACCCUGACAAAAUCAAGAGCUCCAGCCAAUGACAGUAUAAAACAAACACAAAGAUAUCCACCUGGGUGGCUUUUGAAAUCAACCUGUUUUGCAGGCAGGCCUUGGUGGAAGGCUCUGUCUUGGAGAAGUUCUGAUCACUGGAAAGGAUCCAUCUGUCCUUCGGUUGCAUUUUAAAAGCAAGCAAACAAACUGUAUUUUGAAUUAGCAGUAUGUGUUACUGGUGGUUUAUUGAGCUUUGUAUAUUUGGACAAUUAUUUAGGGGUUUAGAACUUAAGGAUAAAAACAAUGAGCUUAAAACAACCCAACCCUGUGAAGUGAUAGUGCUGUGCCUUUUUCAGUUCUUUAUCAGCCUAUAUGCUUUUUUCUGAAGAAAAUAGACAAUGCCCCAUUUAUAUCCUUGCUAUAGCCAAAGUCCCUUCAGAGCACACGUUCCACCAUGUGGAAUGUGUUUAACUUUCUUAGUGUUUUGAUUGCUCAUGUAUAUAUAACACUGAAAGUAUUGCAGCAAUAUUUAGCAUCACGAACUGUUGAUGUAUCAACCAUUUCAAUACUCAACAAGCAGUUGUGUCUUCAGAACUUUCAGUCAUGAAAUGCAAGUCACAGGAGGAGCAUUGAUUAGGAAUCUGCAGAAAGUUUAGAUCUCCAAUCUGAGUUUUGUCUGUAGCCUUUAAUUAUUGUGGGACAUUAGAGGAUUGUAGACAAACAAGGCUCACAGCUGGACAGUUCAGCCCUUUUCUAAGCAAACAUUAAGCACAAUUGCAGAUUCAUUAAAGCACAAAGAAUGGCAGAGAAACUGUGCUGAUCCUGUAGGAAACAUCACUGUUUGCUGGAGAGUUUGGUGAGCUAAGGUGUUUGAUACUACAAAUGAGAGCGUAGCAAGGUGGAUAAUCAGCCAGCAUUUACAGCAAUAAGACUGCAUUUAAAAGUGGAAUAGUAGGAUUUAGUCACUGCAUUGUAGGCUGUGUUAAGGAAGGAAGGGUUUAAGAACUGACAGAAGCACCUUGCUUCAUAUAUGCUACAAUUAGAGAGGCAAUUCCUGUUGCUAUGUAGCCUGUUUUGGUAUCGGUCCAGUUGUGCAGCUGGACUCAAUCCAUAAGUGCUCAGCUUCUACCUCUGAUAUCACAGUGAUUCUCAAGGCAUCAGCAAAGGAGAAUGUAAAGAACAGGGUUAUACACUACUUCUGCAAUGCAAGAUACAGAGGGCAAGAAAGCUUUACUUUAAAUAGCCAAGGUAAAGAAGUUUUUUGUUACGUGGUUUCCCUUCAAAAGGAACCUUCUCUAACACAGCUAUCCCACAGAAAUCCCUAUGACACCUUAAGUGACUAACAAAGGGAAGGGAAACUGCAGCAUAACAGACCAGGCAUUUCACUACUACAGAAAGAGGCAACAAAGAGUCCUGUCCUUUCAUUCCUCCUUCCCUACCCACAGCAUCAUAAACACUUUCUGGAAUUCUAAUAUCAGACCAGCCACUCAAGGAGCUGUAUGGAGAGAACUGCUAAAAGGACACACACCACCUAUGAAGUCAGGCCCAGUUCUGCUCCAGGAGCUGGAUUACUGCCAUAACUAUAACCUCUUCCUUCUCCAUCCAAGUCCAUGACACCCUGAAUAUUUCAGUACUCAAAUAUAAAAAUAAUACUAUUAUUGAGUUCUGUGAUUCAUUUAUCAGGAUGUGCCAAUUAGUCUAAGCUCAUUGGAGCUUUGCAGUGCUCUAAGGGGCAAACUACGGUAUUUCUUUAAUACAGUUUAGCCUGACUCUUCCCCUCAACCAAAAGCAUACUUAACAUUUCAUGUAAUUUCCUUCAAGCCAAUUAGACCAAAAGGCUUCUAAUACAGCAGAGCAUCCAUUGGGCACCACUUUGUACUACUUUGAAGUGACUUUUUUGUUCAAAUCUGUUACAUCUAACAUUAGAGAACUGUGUACACUACUGUUAAAGUAAUUAUUAGCUUUAUUAUCUUGUAUUACAGACUCCUUUGAAGAGACUUUGGUGUGAUGUAUAUGGGGUAAAAAUUUCAUAUGGAGAAAAGUGCAAUAUGUGUGUGUGUGGUACGUUCUUUAAUGUAUUUUUUUAAGGAGUUAGAGGGUUUAGUCUCUGCUUUGGGAAAAAUGCACUAGUUUUGUGAGCUCCAGUUUGGCAAGUUCAUCUGUAGUAUUUACAUGCAACUGAUAUGCUGGACUCUGUAAAGCAGUUACAGUGUAUUAAUACAAAAUAAAGAAUACGUGCAUUUCAUUUUUAAA